AUGGAUACUCUAUCUACUUAUAAUUCUCAUAAAGAAGGUCUUGGUGUUGAGACUUUAGAAAGGUUAGAAUUAUGGUAUAGACAAAUAUGGAAAGAGUCACCAAUGUUUGUACUUUAUCAAGCUGAAGAUUUUGUGAUCUAUUGUAUUCAAGAGAAAACAACUGUAUAUCAACAAUUAGGACAAGUCAAUAGUAUUAUAAUACCUAAAGAGAAUAUACAACAUGAGACCAAUGAUUAUACUGAUAUUAUAUUACAAAUUGGUGAAAUAAUCAAUGUAAAAGAUGUUGAUAGUCUUGGUAAACGAUCAUAUGGGA